AUGGAAGAAACAAGCAGCAUGCAAGAAUGUGUCAUCACCCCAACAACCUAUCGAGGGGUUCGCAAGAGGAAAUGGGGGAAAUGGGUGUCAGAAAUUAGGGAACCUGGUAAGAAAAAAAGAAUAUGGUUAGGGAGUUAUGAGGAACCAGAAAUGGCAGCAGCAGCAUAUGAUGUAGCAUCCUUGCACUUCAGAGGACACGCUGCAAAGCUUAACUUUCCUGAAUUGGCUGAGACUCUGCCACGACCAGCAAGUUCUAGAGCCGAGGAUGUUCAACUUGCAGCUCAACAAGCAGCAUUGAAGUUCAAAAGACCAAUAACAUCAUCAUCAUCAUGUGAGGGAAGUGGCAAUAAUAACAAUGAGGAUAACGUGGUUCCUGCGAGGGUGGGGUUGUCACCGAGUCAAAUUCAAGCCAUCAAUGAGUUCCCAUUGGAUUCACCAAAGAUGUGGAUGCACAUGGCAGAGGCACCCAAUUUUGGGUUUGAUGAGUCAUCUAUGAUGCUUUAUUGUGAUGAUGUUUUAGAGUUGAGUGGAUGGGAAGAUAUACAGCAUGAGUCCUUAUGGGACUAUUGAAUGAACCCUUGAUUUAGGGUCCAAUAAAAUGAAGCAAAAAGAUUUGUUAUUGGUCAAGUGCAUAUUUUAUAUAUUCCAUUUGUUUUAUCUUUUGCUUAUCUACUUGUAUGUAUUUGUGUAUUGUUUUAUAUGCUCACAGGAGGUGGUAAAAACCGGAAGGCACCGCAAUUAAUCCGUAAAAAAUUAAGUCAGUUUGCUUUGAUUUUGAGAGAAUGCUGCAAAACUCGGUCCAUUUCGCUGGC